UUUCAGCCAGCAGAAUUCUUUUCACUAUUUACCUUUAACCUUCACCUGUCCCUUCAAGGGAUAUGUCUGGACCAAAGUUCACUACAUUGCUCAUGUGAUAUUAUUUUUACAAUGGAGUCUAGGACUGAAUGGAAAAAUGGAGGACCAUGGUUGAAGGAGACUUCCAGGUCUUCACUUCAUCAGACACAACACGAGUUCAGUAAAAUGAUGAACCAUGACACUCCUGCUGCUUUUAAAAAUAUCAGUCAAAAGCCAGGCCUGCAGAUAUGGACCAUCAAUAAAAUGCAAAUGGCGGCUGUGCCAGCUAAGGCCUUUGGUAACUUCUUUGAAGGAGACUGCUACAUUGUUCUGAAUAUAAGCCAGAAUAAGGGCUCAGUCCAGCGCAGUGACAUCCACUACUGGAUAGGACAGUCCUCCUCCCAGGAUGAGCAGGGUGCUGCAGCCAUCUAUGUCACCCAGCUGGAUGAAUAUCUGGGUGGGAGUCCAGUGCAGUACAGGGAGGUGCAAGGCUGGGAGUCAGCCCAGUUCAAGAGCUACUUUAAAAGUGGCCUGAUCUACAAGAAGGGUGGAGUGGCCUCAGGUUUUAAUCAUGUUGACACGAACGCCUACGAUGUCCUGCGACUGCUGCACGUCAAAGGGAAGAAGAAUGUCACAGCUGCAGAGGUUGAUGUUUCAUGGAAAAGCUUUAAUAAUGGAGACAUAUUCCUUUUGGAUGUUGGGAAGAGUAUUGUGCAGUGGAACGGCCCUCAGAGCAACAGGAAAGAGAAGCUCAAGGCAGUCCUGUUGGCUCAGGACAUCCGGGACAGGGAGCGAGGAGGCCGCGCUCAGAUUGGAGUUGUGGAAGGGGGAAACGAGCGGGACUCCCCCGAGCUGAUGAACAUCAUGACAGCUAUACUCGGCCCAAAGCCCAACCACCUGCGGGAGGCUGUUUCUGAUGAGAAACAUGACCAAAUGCAGAACAACAGCGUCAGGCUCUACCAUGUUUUUGAAAAUGCUGGCAAUCUAGUGGUGCAAGAAGUGGCCACGCAGCCUCUAACACAAGAUCUGCUGUCCUCCUCUGACUGUUACAUUGUGGACCACAAAGGCUCUAAUGUGAUGGUCUGGAAAGGCAAACGGGCCUCAAAAGUGGAGCGGCAAGAAUCUCUGAACAGGGCCCUGGGCUUUAUCAAAGCUAAAAACUACCCACCCAGCACCCAGGUGGAGGUGAUGGCUGAAGGAGGAGAGUCUGCAAUGUUUAAACAGUUGUUCAAAACAUGGAGAGAUGAGGGGCAAACUCAGGGUCUGGGUAACACCCACAGUGUUGGAAAAAUAGCGAAGGUUAACCAAGAGAAGUUUGAUGUGAAGGAGCUCCAUGCCCAUCCUGAACUGGCAGCACAGCACCACAUGGUGGAUGAUGGUUCUGGGGAGGUUCAGGUGUGGCGCAUUGAGAAUUUGGAACUGGCUGAAGUGAACCCAAAAACAUAUGGACAGUUUUAUGGAGGAGACUGCUACUUGGUGUUGUAUACAUAUCAAAGAUCAAGACAACAGCAGUAUGUGCUCUACAUGUGGCUGGGACGUCAUGCCACUCAGGAUGAGAUCACAGCAUGCGCCUUCCAGGCUGUAAAUAUUGAUAACAAGUACAAUGGCGCACCGGUCCAGGUCAGAGUGGUCAUGGGAAAGGAGCCUCGCCACUUCAUGGCUAUUUUCAAAAGCAAGCUCAUCAUUUUUGAGGGAGGUACAGGUCGUCCUGGUGGAGUAAGCACUGACAGCAGUUACAAGCUCUUCCAGGUGAGAGGGACCACUGAGUAUAACACCAGGGCCAUCGAAGUGCAGGCAAGAGCGUCGUCUCUCAAUAGCAAUGAUGUGUUCGUGUUGAAAACUCCUCAGUCAAGCUUCCUGUGGUACGGAAAGGGCUGCAGUGGGGAUGAGAGGGUGAUGGGGAGAGCUGUGUCUGAUGUGCUGUCUAGGCAGGACAAGCAGGUGGUGAUGGAGGGCCAGGAACCAGUUGAUUUCUGGUUAGCUUUGGGUGGGAAGGCCCCCUACGCCAGUGACAAUAGGCUGCACAGGGAGGAGCCGCUUCACAGUCCGCGGCUGUUUGAAUGCUCCAAUCAGACGGGUCGGUUCAGAAUGACCGAGGUGUAUGACUUUGACCAGAGUGACCUGGAUGAAGAUGAUGUCAUGCUGCUGGACACCUGGGAGGAGAUUUUCUUGUGGGUUGGAAACUCAUCCAACAAGUUUGAGAUCAAUGAGGCGUGGACCAGCGCACAAGAAUACCUGAAGACCCACCCAGCGCACCGCGACCUUGAUACACCCAUCAUCUAUAUCAAACAGGGAAAUGAGCCACUCACCUUCACAGGCUGGUUCAAUGCAUGGGAUCCUCAUAAGUGGAGUGGAGGAAACUCCUAUGAGGAGAUGAGAAAAAAGCUGAAUGAUGUAGCAUCUGUCUCACAGAUCACUGCAGACCUGAGCAACGCUGACUUGAAUAAGAGCCCUACUGGGACAUUUGGAGGUGGUUACAGGGCUCCUGGAGGCCCCAUGACCUCCCCACCACCAUACAAGACCCAUGGAAGUUAUCUGUCCCCCACAUCCCCCACUCUCACCAGCCCACUUUUCCAAAAAGUACCACCUUCCUUCAUUGGUGACAGCGGGUCCUCUCUGGACCCUAAGCUCCUUGUUAACAUACCUGCCAGUGAACUACCAGAAGACGUGGAUCCCAGCCGCCGAGAGGACUACCUCUCUGAUGUGGACUUCAGGGACCUGCUCGGCACAAGUCGCUCUGAGUUCAGGGACCUGCCAAAGUGGCGCCAGAAUGACCUGAAGAAGAAAGCUGGGCUCUUUUGAGGAGGGUCACAGAAGCUCUGCCACACGUCUCUCAGUGUAAUACUGAGGAAUCAUUUCCAACAAUGGCACCUUGCUAUUAAAAUUAGAGUUGUUUAUUAUAAAAUAUAUUUUUAAGAUUUGCAAAGUUUAUUGAUUACAAAUGUAACAGAGAAUUCACUUUUUAAUACGAGUUAUGAAAACAUAAUUUCAAGGACAUGACUGACUAAUGAUUUUUUUGUAAAUGCAAGUGCUUCUUAUUUAUCUCAAUAGAUAUUUUCAUGUUGAUCAAGUUUCCUCUGGAUUUUAUGAUCAUACCCCAUGAAUCACUUAUGUAAUGAAUAAACACAGAA